AAAAUAAAAAUAUUGUUUGUUUCCCCUCGCCCGACCGAGUCUGAAAAUUCACACCGACCCAUAAGUUUUUAUUACGCCAUUCUGGUGAAGUUUUUUUUUUUAAUUUUAAGAAAAUUUCAAGGUCGUUUCUGGUGCAGAUCAGUAUUUUAUAAUGACAAAAAUUUUCUAUAUCUUCUUUGGUUUCGAUCCAAAUUUUAAAAAUAAUAAUACGAAUACAGGAGGUGUUCUGGUCCGAAAUCUAGAAAUUUCGCCGCCUCCAGCUGGAGGCGGCAUUCUCUGGCUGAUUUCAAAUACUUACAAGCCGAAUUCAAUUUUAAGCUCAUAACUAAUCAAUAAAACGAUUCUUCUUGUACUUACUAAUAUCGAUUUUAUGGGUUCUUUCAUCACAUAAACAGUCUCUUGAAAACAUUUUAUCAAACUGUCGAGCUUUGUUUUGAGUCACGAGACUCGUUUGCUCAAAUGGCAGUGAAAAUUCGGUUGACUACAACUGUUGGUUUCUGUUUAAUAUCGAAUUUUGGAUUGAUAUUUUCUUUUAAUCGAUAUUAAUAAGUACAAGAAUCAUGAUUGUUUUAUUGAUUAGUUACAAGUGAGUUUAACAUUGAAUUCGGCUCGCAAUUCGGACUAGUGAUCUGCAAGAUCGAGAUGGAGAAAUGUUGUCUAUACGAGGAGCGAGGAAACAAGAGAAUUCGGGGCAUCCAGUGUGCAAGUUGUGUUCUUCAGUAGGGGAAAGUUCUGAUAUUUCGGACGGAUGCGAUAUUUUUGACAGUCAAUCAGAAGCAUUCUCAAUUUAACUUAUUUCUGAACUAAUGCUAUAUUUACAAACUGGAAAACACCUAAUUAUAUGCACAUGUGUAACUCAGCUCUGAUUGGUUGAUGUCAGCAUCCAUUUUGUUUGAUCGGCAAAAUCAAGUCCCGUUGAAACGUUUUCUGACUUCGGAACAGAUGAGAAAAUGACACAGACACCUGUUUGUGUUACAGAAGAGCAGAAUACUCCAAAAAGAAAGUCAGAAAGUGAUGCAGAAAAUGGAACUCCAGCCAAAGUUUUGAAGAUAGAAGAGGCAUGUGAAGCACAGGCAAAUAGGAAUGGGAGCCAAGAGACGGAGAUAAAGCUGGAGUCAAACGACACUGACACCUUAGUGUAUUCUGUGGUAUUAAAGAGUACAGAGUCUGAAGAACAAGUUCAAGUGAAGGAAGAGAAGAUCACUGAGGAGCAACAAGGGAUAGGUCAACAAACCAAUGAAGGGGAGGAUCUCAAAAUGGAAAUGAAAGAUGAAGAUGAAGAAGACGAUGAUUUCCAGGUAGUGGCUGAAUGGAAGUCAUCGAAUAGCUGUGAAGAUGUCCAGGAAAUUCAAGAGGAGAAGGAUGAUGAAAACUUGUCAAACACAGAUCUGAAAUGUCCAACUCCUGGAUGUGAUGGUUUAGGACAUAUAACAGGGCUGUAUUCCCAUCACAGAAGUUUGUCAGGUUGUCCAAAGAAAAGCACAGUUCCCCCAGAAAUUUUGGCAAUGCAUGAAAAUUUAGCAAGGUGCCCUACCCCAGGUUGUACAGGAAGAGGUCAUGUGAAUGCCAACAGAACCACACACAGAAGCUUAUCAGGAUGCCCCAUAGCAGCUAUGGGAAAACUAGUGCAGACAACACAACAAACCGCAAAAAAGUCAGGUCUCCACCUUGUUUUGCUCCCAAAAGAUGAUGAUCCUUCCAAAGCUGUGUUAGCUGCCUGUAAUGAAAAAGAGCUCAUCCGAUUGGCUGCUCAGAAGUGCAACUCUGUCGCAGGGAAUGAUUCGGACCGGGUCUUGCGCCCCAUGAUCCUCACUAAACAGUUGGAGUUGGGCACUGAUUUGUCCUCUCUUGUGUCCCAACAAACUCCUCGCAACAAUCUUGCCAAAGAGUUGGAAAAGUACAAUCAGUUAGACACAGCAAGUUUGUCUGUUUUGAAAAAAGAAGAGCGGGAACCAGCUGAAAUACCUGUUGUCAGGGUUCCUAAGCGAGAACCAGUCAGACCCAGCAUCCUCAGGCGACCUGGCAUCAAGAAACCCGAAUCCAGACCGUCCACAUCAGAUGAAGGAAGUUCCUCAUCGCCCAACAUUCUGAAUCGUAAGGGCAUCAAACAGCUGAGUUUUACCAGGUCGGUAACUACUUUGACAAUACCAAAUCCUUUGAUGUCCAAAGCAGACUCACAACCACGUCAUCAUGGCACCAUUUUGACUCCUGCCAUCAAAACAGCCAGCAAGCCCAUCACAGUUUUUGUGAGGCCUGAUGGGAAACAUAUUAAAAUUGAUCCUAGAAAGCAGCCUUUAUCUAAAUAAUCCCCAAAACAUGUAUGAUAAAUUGAAUUAAAUGGGGAGAUAAAUUUUCCUUGCAAUUUGAACUUCAGUGACAGGCAUUCAAAAUGUUUAAAAACUAUUAAACUGGUCAUGUUGUAAUUUUACAGUGAACUGUGUAUGAUUCUUUUAUCAUUUUAUUUAGAUAAUUGUAAAGACGUUAGUGUAAUUUUACAUUAUUGUGCUUCAAAAUUAAAAAAAAAAGUUAAAUUUUCUUUUGUUUAUGAAUUACGAUUGAUGAAAGUGGGUUUCUGAAAUUGAUGUGUUCAUGUUGCAGUAAAAUUCUUUUAAGUAUUUUGACUCUGUUCAGCAUUUAAGUCCCUAUUUCAUACUUUAAUUAAUUUACAGAAAAUUUCAUUAUUAUUUUUACUAUUAAAGCAUAUUAAAGAAGGUUUAAUGAGUUAUUGUUUAUUCCAGAUUGGGGGACUUAAGUGCUGAAAGGUAACUUUUUAGUUUUUUAUUGCUGCCUUUUGAGUUAAAUUGUUUUUAAUACCUGUUAUGUUCAAAAUUUUACCAGAUUAAACCAAUUUCGAUAAAUUCUUGGCAUUGUAUCCAAAUUUAGAUACACCCAUCAGCUAAAAGGAAAGAAUACACAGCUUUCAACGAUUGUGUAAUCUUUCCAUAGAUUAUAGCAGAUCCAAACACGUUUUCAUUUUUAAGAUUAAACCCCUUUUAUCAUAUUAAAUUUAUCUGGAAACUGUGCAGAAUUGCUUUAGUUUGGUAAACUUUACUCUUGUUAUGCAGGAUAUUUCUGCAUUGUUGUAUAUUUUUGUAUGUAAAUUUUGAGAAAUAAAAAAAAUAAUGAUUUUC